AUGCCCUUUGUAGACGUCGUCAUUUACUCUUUCCACUAUCUACUUGAUCCAAAAGUCGCAGAACAAGUCUCCAAGGAACUCUCAAAAGAUGCCAUUGUCGUUUUUGACGAAGCGCACAACAUUGAUAACGUUUGCAUAGAGUCUCUGAGUAUCGAUCUCACGCGCCCAAUGCUGGAUUCUGCAGCACGGAGUGUCACGAAGCUAGGUGAGAAAAUCGAAGAGAUAAAGACAACAGAUGCUGCUAAGCUCCAAGACGAAUAUGCGAAGUUGGUUGAGGGUUUAGAAGAACCGGCUUCAGAAGCUGCGGAUGAAGAUAACUUCAUGUCCAAUCCUGUGUUACCCGAUGACCUUCUCAACGAGGCUAUACCUGGAAAUAUUAGGAAAGCUGAACACUUUGUAGCGUUUCUGAAACGCUUCGUUGAAUAUCUGAAGACUCGAAUGCGAGUUCUUCAUGUUGUGGCAGAAACGCCUUUGUCAUUCCUACAACAUCUGAAAGAUAUCACAUACAUCGAGCGGCGGCCACUUCGGUUUUGUGCCGAACGGUUACAAUCGAUGAUCCGUACAUUAGAAUUGAACCGCCUAGAUGAAUACUCAUCGCUUCAAAAAGUUGCCAGCUUCGCGACCCUUGUGGCAACCUACGAGAAAGGUUUUCUGCUAAUCCUUGAACCAUUCGAAACGGAUAAUGCCACGGUUCCAAAUCCCAUCUUUCACUUCACGUGA